GGACCUGCGGGGCGGGAGCGGCGGGGACCUCGGCGGGGUCGGAGCCACCGCCGCUCAGGUCAUCCAUAUGCAAUAAUGCUAUAAGAAAAUAUUCCAGUGGAAAAAGACACAACAGAUACUAUUUCAGUACUUGAUGUGAUACAUGCUCAGCCAAUCAGAGCCUCACAAAGUUAACUCUUGGGUCCUUCUGCCACAUAUUUUAGAGAUUACUACUUAUGUACUUAUGGAUGAAAUUAUAUGAUUGGAAUUUAUUUCAAAAUAGCCCAAAGGACAGGGUUGAUAUUAAAAUCGAAAGUUUAUCGGAUAUUAGAAAUUGAAUGUAAUGGCAACAGAAUUUAUCAAGAGUUGCUGUAGAGGAUGUUUCUAUGGUGAAGAAAAGCAGAAGAUUCCUGUGGAAAGAGACUUCAAAGUAUCAGUCUCAAAUGGCCAAAGUGCUGCUAUUUGUGUCCCUCCACUGACCGCUGUUUCUGUAAAGCCUCAGGUUGGCUGUACUGAGGACUAUUUGCUUUCCAGGCUGCCAUCUGAUGGCAAAGAUGUACCAUUUGUGGUGCCCAAGUUUAAGUUAUCUUAUAUUCAGCCCAGGACACAAGGACCUCAUCCACCUCUGGAAGAACUUGAAGGGUCUGCCAGAGCAUCUUUUGGAGACCGAAAGGUAGAACUUUCCAGUUCAUCACUGCAUGGUUCCAGCUAUGAUGUGUACAAUCCCUUCUACCUGUAUCAGAGCAUCUCACCUGACUUGAGCCGGAGAUUCCCUCCUCAUUCAGAAGUGACAAGACUGUAUGGGUCAGUUUGUGACUUAAGGACCAGCAAACUUCCUGGGUCCCCUGGGCUAAGCAAAUCUAUGUUUGAUCUUACAAGUUCAUCUCACAGAUUCAUCCAGAGACACGAUUCACUUUCCAGUGUACCCAGUAGUUCUUCUUCAAGAAAAAACUCUCAGGGGAGUAACAAAAGCCUGGAUACAAUUACUCUAUCAGGAGAUGAAAGAGAUGUUGGGAGAUUGAAUGUGAGAUUGUUUUAUAAUUCUUCAGUAGAACAGAUCUGGAUCACAGUUCUCCAGUGUAGGGACUUAUGCUGGCCUGCUAGUUACGGAGAUGCUCCCACCAUCUGUGUGAAGGGAAUUCUAACACUGCCCAAGCCAGUGCCCUUCAAGUCCUCGGCUAAGGAGGCUUCCCGUGUUAUUGAAUUUAUGGAAACUUUUGUAUUUUCUAUUAAACUACAAAAUUUACAAACUGUAAGACUGGUAUUUAAGAUUCAAGCCCAGACUCCCAGAAAGAAAACUAUUGGAGAAUGUUCCCUAUCACUCAGAACUCUUAGUACUCAGGAAAUGGAUUACUGUUUGGAUAUCAUACCACCUUCAAAGAUUUCUGUGUGCCAUGCAGAACUUGAAUUGGGAACUUGCUUUCAGGCAAUAAACAGCAGGAUUCAGCUACAAAUUCUUGAGGCACAGUACCUUCCAAGCUCAUCAACACCUCUGACUUUAAGUUUUUUUGUGAAGGUGAGAAUGUUUAGCUCAGGAGAACUGAUUUAUAAGAAGAAGACACGCUUGCUGAAGGCCUGCAAUGGGAAAGUGAAGUGGGGCGAGACGAUGAUUUUCCCACUCAUACAGACAGAAAAAGAGAUUGUUUUUCUCGUCAAGCUUUAUAGUCGAAGCUCUGUAAGAAGAAAACAUUUUGUAGGGCAGAUCUGGAUAAGUGAAGACAGUAACAACAUUGAAGCAGUGAAACAAUGGAAAGAAACACUUACAAAUCCUGAAAAGGUUGUUAUCAAGUGGCACAAACUAAAUUCAUCUUGAAGAUUUCACACAUUAAUUUGGUGAAGAGCGACUUCACAUUCUUUUAGAAGACUCACAGUUUCAAUUUUGCUAAAAUUCAUAAUUAAUUUGAUCAGAUAUCCAAGGAGGAGAAAAUGCUUUAACAUGGUGCCGACAUAGACAAUAAAAUGAAAAGGUAGUACCAGUAGGAUAUUAAACAUUUUACAAAGUUACAAAAACAUCCACCAUGGACAGGUAUUUCUAGAUUGUUUUUGCUUUUGUUUUUUAAUUUUUACUUAAGUUUUCGAAACAUAGUAUGUCAAAUCCCUAUCAAUACUAUUAGCAUUUGGAAAACUUCACCACUAUUCUUUUUGCUAGACACAGUGCCUAGAUCUUGGUUCCACUGUUGACAUAUUCCUGUGAAUUUUCUCUCAGCAAAAAUGAACCAUUCUGACAAGUUUAUUAUAUGUAGGACAAAUUUGUGCCCUGUGUUUAUAACUUCUUAUCCAUAAGACAUAAACUUUCAUUUUGCAUACAUUAGUUAACUCCAAGAAAUUUCAGAAAUAGAAACUUACAUUUUAGCAAGAAUAACUGAAGUAUAUUUGAGAUCUUGAGAUCCAGUAUAUAUUCAUUUUCUCUUUAAAAAAAUUUGUAUUGUGAAGGUGAAGUACAAAGGGGUUACACUUACAUAUGUUAGGGUGUGA